ACCACUCGAAUUCGAAUUCUUCAGUAGCCAGCAACGGGGCAAGCCAAGCGGUCUUCUCUCUUCUUUUCUGACAGCUCCGGUUCUUCCAUUUCAACUUCCACUUCCAUCGUCUUUUCGCUGGAAUCUCGAUUAUUUGACGGACAAGUCUCUGCGACCCGGGCAUGCCCGGUCACGUGUCCCUGCUCCUGGGCGGCCUCCUCCUCCUGCAGCUGGGGCAUGCCCCCAGCAGUGUCCAGGCCCUCCACCGCUGGAGCCCCAUGAUGAAGGCCUUCCGCUACCUCCAGGAGUCGAUGCUGCGGAACAGUCUGGAGAGGUCUCACCUGAAUCACGGAAUCGUCUUCGAGUGCCGAACCAUCUCCACACGGGACUUUGGCAACGAGGUUCACUUCCACCUGCAGCUCGGCGACCUAAGGGGCUUCCGUCGCCUGGAUCCCAACAAGAAGCUGGCCUUGUUCCUGCACGGCUGGAACGAUCAGGGCAGCAAGGACUGGGUGCAGGAGCUGUUGCUGACAUGGACCCUGUUCGACCCGAACUACAACGUCUGCGUAGUCGACUGGGGCAACCUCUCCCAGAACGACUACAAGAGCGCCUCCAUGUCCAUCUUCGACGUGGGCCUGACGGUGGCCGGGAUCAUCAUGGCCCUGGAGGAGCUGCGUCCCGCCCACUUCAAUAGAAGCAACGUAACCCUGGCAGGCUACAGCCUGGGCGCCCACGCCGCAGGAUACGCAGGAGCCGUGCUGGAGGGAAAGGUGGAGCAGAUCAUCGGCCUCGAUCCGGCCGGACCCCUCUUCUCUCUCCCUGCCGAGGUGUCGCCCAAGUACCGGCUGGAUCCCGGGGACGCCCAGUUCGUCCAGGUCCUGCACACCUCGGGUGGGUCCCUGGGGACAAGCCUGAAGUGCGGGCACGCUGACUUCUAUCCGAACGGAGGCCGCGCCCCGCAGACCAACUGCAAGAUGUUCGCCAACCUCCGGGACAUGCAGAACACAAAUCCCAUCGCCUGCAGCCACUCGGCGGCGGCCAUCUUCUUCCGGCAGUCCAUGGACCCGGAGUACCCGUUCGUGGGCCAGGAGUGCGCCAGCUACCGGCAGUUCUCCGCCGGAUACUGCGACGGGAACCGGCGAGCCCGCUUCGGCAUCCACUCGCAGAGGCGGGCGCAGGGGAGCUUCUACUUCAGGACCGCCCCCCAGCAGCCGUACGUCCAGCGGCGCCAAGGACUUUGGCUCGACGGGGUGGCCAGGAAGGCUGGCGGCGGUAGGAGGGGAGACUCCAUUCUGCGCCUUUGGACGAGAAGCUGGCGGCGUCGGGCGAGGGACAAGGAUCGCUGCCUGUAGUCGCAUCUAUUUUUUUUUUGUUAGUGUUAUCUAGACAGUUAAGUAGACCAUUUUCCACUUCCUUCAAAGGACUUUCAGUAAUAUUUGUACACCUGCCAUGAGAAAUAUUCCCGGGCCCGUUCCUGAACUUCUGCCAGACUUUCUAUUAGUUCUAUUAAUUUAUUUUUAUUAGGCGGUCUGCCAACCAAA